AUGAUUUCACCUCGAACAAAGACACUAUCAUUAGGUGCCAUUGACCAACGAGUCGCUGACAUCUCGCAGCAGCUAGUCAAAUCGGUUGGCCCUUCCGAAGCGGGAGAGUUGAUCUCCGAACCUCGAGGAAGACAGAGAGCGAGCACGACUGCAAUGCUACCUGCGAAGACGAGUUCCUUCGGGAAUCAAGUAGCUUCUUCGUCAAAACCCGUGCUUCAAUUGUUGGAGACAGCAUUCCCAACCCUCGACAAAGGCAAAGAAAAACAGACUUACAAUGUCCAGCCUUGGAGUGGUUCUGACUUGUCGUCAUUGUCGUCGUCGUCGUCGUCGCCCACAGAAAACAAGAGCACCCACACACCCUCUCCAAUUUUGAAACGGGAGUCGUUAAGCUUCCAGGAACCCGCUAAGUUGGCGGAGAAACUCGAGUUGCAGGUUGGGAGUGGCAGCAGAAGAGAAUGGAGUGUCGAUGGGCUAGGAGUUUAUGUAUGGGUCUUACUUGAGACGAAGUCCUGGAAAGUUGUCGAGGACCAAGAUACUGUCGACGAGACGAUCUGGUGGCCAGGACUGCUCGAAAAACCGACCAGGGCAAAAGCACUCAAAGUCAAACUCUUUGGCAACUCCUCUAAGCAAGUCAAGGUCAAGAAGCCGCAUGCAACAAAUAUACUAUCAAGACUUGACUCUCAGGGCAUUCACCGCUUCACAAGCUAUGAAUCCUCCCGGUCAUCGACAGCUUUGGAAAGCCUCCUGGCAUCUCCCAGGAAAAAACCGAAGUUGGGAAAACACGAGAAGAUCAGGGAUUUAUGGGAAUGCGCAGCGCAUGAAAUGAGGCAGCACGCAGAGGAAGAUGCUGGGAGCGACCAUUUACCGGACGUUGCUGAAGCGUUCGUCUUUACCCCCUUCUCCACGUUGGCAGACGUUGGCAGCAAGAAUCCACCUGAGAAAAGUAGGAAAGGGAAGAGGAGACGUCAGUCAGGUUCUGAAUCGGAACCACAAGCGACAUUGGGGUCGGAGGAGGAGGGUGAUCCUCCUCCAUGGGACGGGAACAUGAACAUACCAGGGGAGCUUGUUUUGGGGAGAGAGAAAGAGCUAUCUGACUACUGGCCAGCGAAGAUAUUGGGUUAUCUCCCUCCCAUCAAGAGGAAACGAAAAGAGGGGCUAUACAAGGUUGAAUGGGUUGACGGAACUCAGGGCGAAAUUCCACGACGAUGGUUCUACUGCUUUGAAGAGAACCAAUUCGGUGAUUGUAAACUCGGGGCUUUAGAACAUCUUUACCCAGACCAAGUCAAUGACGAGGCUGCGGAGGAGCCUCUCUCGCGGUCGUCAAGUCCCAUUCCAUCCGACACACCUCCACUCGACUUUGGCCCAAGUGGCAUGUCCAUUCGACAACAGUUCGCUUGCACCAAGAACGUCCUUAUCGCGAUCUUGAACGAGAAUUACCCUCCUGCGAGGGAGAAACAUGACUUAUUUCUCCUGAAGGACCCGAAAGCCAGAAGAAGGUUGCAGGAUUCGGCAUCCAGAAGGGGGAUGUUAGAUGGUCGUAGUGUGAACCUCCUUCAAAGGUAUCUUAGCAGAUGGUGUCUGAGAGAUGAAGGACGGGCGGCCAAGCCAGAUGACGGCGCCUUGGACAUUUUUCCUGAGGCUGACGUUGUCACAGAACGAACAACGGCGAGCCAAGAGGUCAAUGGGCAACUUCUAGUUGCGUUGGAUGACGAUAUGCACAGUGGUUUCGACUCACCGACGUCAAAAGAAUCGCACAUGUUUCCCCCUCCUCGAGAUUCUUCAUUCAGUCCUUCUGAAGUUCCCGACCGAGAUUCUUCUCCACUACUUUCAGAGCCGUCACUUGCCUUAGGAACCUCUCUGUCGGGGGCCAGUUCAGCACCUUCUGUGUCGGCCACCGAGCCCGAAACUAAUUGCGAUACUGUGGAUCAUUCAAUGGCUGACGUAGAUGACCUUACUAAUGAGCGUCAGCGAGGUUGCGAGAGAUAUGAGGCACUCGACGAGAAAGACAGAGUCCAGUAUUGUGUCGAUGUUCUUCUUCCCGAAGCUAUUCGUCAAAUUCUCCUUUGGCGCUCUGGAGAUCGCAAAUCCAUAGCUCUCUUAUCGGAAGACGAAGAAAUGGAGUUGUAUGAGAAAGGUGAAAAUCUGUUGGAGGAGAGAGAUUGGGUGACGGAUGUAUUGAUACUUCGAAAAAAGAGGAAGGAGCAGAAUGAGAAAGAGGAGGAGAGGGAAAGGACUAAGGAAAUGGCUAGAGCAGAGGCGAAUGGGAAGGUGGUGAGGCCUAAAAGAAGAGUGGGCAGACCUUCCUACGCCGACUGA